UUGUUCUAUUAUUUGACUUAGCAAUUAAUAUGUCUUGUAUGUGUGAUAUGUCUGCUGGUUUGGACAUAUUUCUGUGAAUGCUGUAAAUUCAAAAUCGCCGUAUAAAAGCAUUGACUCUCAGUUGCCGAAUACUUAGUAGAAAAUAGCCCUUGACUUUGGUAUUUUAGAAAUUAAUGAAAAAUUUUAAAAAAUGAAAUUAAUUUACAUAUCCGUUGUCACAUUGGUUGUGACUGUCAUUUGUGUGGGUGUUGCUGAAGCUGAUUUGAAAUCAGAUUUGCGUGAAUUUGUCGACUUAGCGCCCCGCAAUCGCAUCGGCUACAUUGCAGCUCGUCGCUACAUUGUGGACUAUCAGUAUCGCGCAGCUCUAAAGUAUUUGCAAAGUUCAAGAUUCGCCAGGACAUGGCUUGGCAUACGCAACUCAACGGAAUUUCACGAUUUAUUGGGAUUUUUGCAAGCGCAUGGCGUAUCGCUGGAAGCGCUGCAGGAUGUGACGGGCGUCAUUGAUAAAUUGCCAAAUCAAUUGCGCGAAUUCCACAUACCAUCGAAAGUGCCCGUCUCCGUGAUGAUGCAAAGGAAUUUGGAGUCGUUUAUGCGCGAAGUUAUUCAGGUGCUGCCACGUGCACGUUAUUCCGGCUUAAUGGCGCGUAAAGUAAAGGAGAACGGUGAUUUUGCACGACUCUACCGCGCUGUGCGACAGCAGGAAUUCAAGCAGAUGCUCACCAAAGCCCAGACUUCACCUAAUCUGAUGGCCCAUUGGUUGGAGAUGAGAGCGAAUUAUGUGGAAGUGAAUAGUCUGGUGCAAGUGGCAUAUGAGGUUAUAUCCUGGGGACCUUAAAGGAUUUAAUAUAUUCUUAAAACACAAAUUUAUUUAUAUUUAUUUAUGAUAUUUAUUAAGAACAUGAGUUAUUUAUUAAUACUGGGUUGCCCAAAAAGAAAUUGCGGAUUUUUUAAAAGAAA